CCUGAGAAGAGCCCGGGCGCCACCACGGGCGGGCAAGCGAGAGCGACCGCGAGAGCAGCAGCAGCAGCAGCAGCGCCCGGGCACAGCUGAGCCAGCACCAUGUCCCACCACUGGGGAUACGGCAAGGACAACGGACCUGCGCACUGGCAUGUGACCUGCCCCAUUGCCAAUGGAGAUCGGCAGUCACCGAUUGACAUCCAGACUAAGGCUGCCAAGUAUGACCCCUCCCUGAAGUCGCUGAGCAUCUCCUAUGACCCGUCUGCGGCCAAGAACAUAGUCAACAAUGGGCACUCCUUCAACGUGGAGUUUGAUGAUUCUGGAGACAAAUGUGUGCUGAAAGGUGGCCCCAUUGAGGGAACUUACAAGCUUAUUCAGUUCCACAUUCACUGGGGAUCCUGUGAAGGCCAAGGCUCUGAACACACUGUGGAUGGAGUGAAAUACGAUGCGGAGCUUCAUUUGGUUCACUGGAACACAAAGUAUAGUAGUUUCACUGAAGCUGUGAAACAUCCUGAUGGCCUGGCAGUUGUGGGUGUGUUUUUGAAGGUAGGAAGUGCCUGUCCCGGAAUACAGAAAGUUGUUGAUGCCCUGGACACCAUUAAACACAAGGGCAAACAGGCUGCUUUCACAAACUUUGAUCCCACUGGUCUGCUUCCUGCCUCUCGUGAUUUCUGGACCUAUCCAGGAUCACUGACCACUCCACCCUUGCUUGAAUGCGUCACCUGGAUUGUUCUGAAGGAGCCCGUAACUGUCAGCAAAGAACAGAUGAACAAACUCCGUUGUCUUUGCUUCAACGAUGAGAAUGAGCCCCAGUGCUGCAUGGUGGACAACUGGCGUCCUUGUCAGCCCCUGAAGAACCGAGAAGUUAGAGUCUCAUUCCAAUAGUCUGUGUCAAUUAAAUGUUGCUCUGUUCUUGAAGGCUGAGUUCUUUCUGCUAAGCACAAAUCAAACUAAUGCCACACAUGCACUGGCAACAUCUUCUUUUGUUCUUCUAGUGCUCUCUCUUCUUCCUUUCAUCUUCUUAUAAUAAGUUCCUAAUGAUGAAAUGCAAAAGGCCAUAAAACAAGAGGAAAGCUGACUGAUUGCAGUGUGGGUGUGUAUGCUGGGAAAAGGGCGGGGAACAGACUGAUGCUGUGAUGCUUGAUGAGUAUUGUGGUGAUUUGGGUGCUGCUGUUGCAUAGGAUAUUCUCUUUUGAUGCUUUGCCAAGUGAUAGGAUGACAAGCCACAGAAAAAUAAGCCAUUUUAACAGAAAAAAAUAACCUUAUAUAACAUAUGAGGUUAUGUGUACUCAGUAACUUGAAUCUUUCAUGGAAGCACAGGAAUGCAAGCCUGAUUUAUGUCUGAUUUAGGAUAAUAUGUUGCAUCAACAUAGACACUGAAAUGCAACGUUAAUAUUGAAGAGUCAAUGUUUUAGCUUUUAAAAAGUUUGAAGGAUAUAUAUUUUAAUAUUUUAAUUAUUUUACAUUUUUAGCCAUAAAUCUGAAUUGUCUUAAUGUUAGUGUAUUCUAUUUUUAAUUAUGAAAUUCCAACUGACAUAAAUGAAAUGCUAUUCUAUGUAAAAUUGCUGAUACCAUAGAUAUAAUUCAGAGUACUGUACCAUUUAAGAUAUUGCCAGAAUUAAAAAAAAAUGUAUUUUAGAUACAUUAUCUAAUAAAAUAUAAUUAUAUUUAUGUUUCUGUUUCUAGUCUCUUAUUGCACUGUAAGAAAAACAAGUAGGGGCAAAGAAACUUUAGAUUAAUGUGUGUAUAAUUUUCUACUCCAUAAAAAAUAAAUAUUAAAUUUGCUUUAAUGUUGGAAAGUAAUUAUAAAUUUUGGUUGAGUAAUGCCGUAAUAAAUUUGUUCGCCUUUAA